AUGACCUUAGUGGGAUCGAAGGAGGGGAACGUAUUGCCCAUCAUGUUGAGCGUACAGCAACAGCAUCAUCACCACAAUCUACACGGUUCUUCGACGACCAGUGCUCAAACACAUCGCGGCAAUGUGAUUGUUUCCACCAGCAGUAUGCCGGCCAAUGACAUCAAGAUCCAACAACACGGUUGCAAGCGGUCCAAGAUUUACGGUCAAGCGACCGGUCCCUAUGGCACGGUUCCUCAUCAACCGGCUUCAGUCGCGAGGCGAAACGCUCGAGAACGAAAUCGUGUCAAGCAGGUGAAUAAUGGAUUCGCCACAUUGAGGCAGCACAUACCCCAAAGUGUAGCACAGGCACUCGGAGGAAGUACGGCUGGCACCCACGGUGGAUCUAGAGCUGGCAGUAAGAAACUAUCCAAGGUCGAAACGUUGAGGAUGGCAGUCGAGUACAUCAGGAGUCUUCAGCGUCUGUUGGAGGAGCACGACAGUGGUUCGGAUGUCACGAGUAUAUCGUCACCCACGUCGUCAUCGCCUUCCUCCACUUCUUCAGCCUCGUCCACGUGUAGCUCCACCAACGGAAUAGGCGUCGAGUCCAGUCACCACUCUCCCGAAUUGAGACUUCGCGGCAAUGUCAACAACGAGCUCAGACAUCACGGUAGCUCCGACUUGCAUCGACAUCAACAUCUACGACAGAAUCCUAGCCCGACCUUCGUGCCAGCGCCCUGUUCAGAGGCCUCGAGUUCACCAACGCCUAGUUUCGUUUCCGAAGCCUCGUCAGCUGGCAGCCAGGGCUAUGGAACAUCGGGCACGCUCUACACCGCGCAUUCCGAUGGUUACGACAAUUACGAACCCAUGAGCCCCGAAGACGAAGAACUGUUGGAUGUCAUCUCCUGGUGGCAACAAAGUCAAUGA